AUCCACCGUCCUGACGCAGCUGUGUGCAGUGUUGUUUUCGUCUCCUCGAGUAACCAGUUAUUAACCUCCACAGGUCAGAAUCUAAAGACAAGAAUCAUGGUGGUGACGAUAAAAGUCGAAUACUGCGGUGGAUGAGGCUACGCGCCUCGCUUCAUGGAGCUGAAGCGAGACAUCAACGCGAAGUUUCCUGAUGCGGAUGUGUCUGGCUUCGUGGGCAGGAGAGGAAGUUUUGAGAUCGAGAUCAAUGGACAUCUGAUCUUCUCAAAGUUAGAAACGGGUGGUUUCCCUUAUGAUAAGGAUAUUAUGGAGGCCAUUGUUAAGGCUGAAGAUGGGAAGCCUGAGAAGAUCUCCAGAAACCGUAAAGAUUGCAUCAUCCUCUAAUGCUCAUUGCCGUCUCAGCAGAGAUGAGCUCCCAUCCUCUGUGCGGUCCACAUGAGCAUCUUAUUGGUCCAUUGAAGAAAAUGGUUUAUUUGGUUUGAAAAUCUUCACUGUCUACUUUAUGGCUCUCGUUUUUUGGACGUAAAUGAUUGCUGUAGCUUAAAGUUCAAAAGUUAUGGUAUGAGGCUUCAGUCCAAAAAAUGAUAAACCGAAGUUGAGUAAUUAAGAUGAUAGUGAAGAGAAGUUACCUAACUUUAGAAUGAUAAUAUUGUAGGAUAAGAAUAAUAAGAAUAAGACUAGACAUGCAUGAUAUCUCAUGAAUAAAAAGAUUACUUAAAUUGGAGUGGAAUAUCAAAGAUAAUGUUAUUAGAAUCAAUGAGUUAAGUAGACAAAAAAUGGGGUAGAGGGCAGUUAAGAUUGCUUGAUUAUUUUGGGGGGUAAAUGUAAAACUCAUAUUUUGGUUAUUUUAUUGCAUUAGCUUUUUCGCUGUACUUAUUUUAAAAAAGUAAGAACUUUUUUUUAAUCAUUGGAUAAAAAGUAAAUUAAGUUUAGUUUACGAGAAUAUAUAUAUAUAUAUAUAUAUAUAUAUAUAUAUGUUACAGUGCUCAAAGGUAAUUGGCUCAUGAUUUUAGAUUUAUAUAAUGAUUUCUGUGGUCUAUGUAAUGUAUAAAUAAAUAAAUAAAUAGUUUCUGGAAAUA